UCAAUUUUCUGUGAUUCAAUUGAGAAAAACAUUUGGUGAAUAUGAAAACUACUGCAUAUGUAUAACCUAAAAACUCAUACAACUAGUGGUUGUUCGCUGCCGAAAUUGUGUCAAUGGUCGACGAUUACAGCCCCUUACCCUUGGCAUUAAAAGUGGUGGUGGGUUGAAUAAUAGAGGAGCGCCAAUAUAGGGCAGAAAAUAAUAUACAAUACAAUAAGUACAUUGAAUUGGCGUAGCAAAACAAAAUUCAAAAAAACCACCCGGCAUUAUUGCCCUAUCCACUUUGGUCAACGUCGUGCGAAAACAAAACGCAUAAUAGGAAAAACGAAAUAAAUUCAAUUACACGUUUGAAAUUAGAAAAACUCUAGCUGGCAGUGAAUAUUGAAGUGGAUGAGCGUACUCAGUCUAAACGCGACAACUGAACCAAACACAAGCGUCUGAGGAGCUAAAAAAGCUAGAGUUCUAUUAUAUCUGAUAAAGUUCUAUAGAAUGCGAGCUUCUAACGACUUACAAUCACCCACUAGCGAAAUGGUGCUCUUAACACCAGCUAGUGAAACAGCGCCAACUGUGCCAAUAGACAGCAGCAACGUUGCGACAGUUAGCAACGGCGCUGUGGGUGGUCAGCGGGAGGGAUCUACAGAAUCGAAUAACAGUGCUGUGCGUAUGAAAAAACAAUUAGGCUUACUCGAAGGUGUUGCUAUCAUAUUGGGUAUCAUAUUUGGUUCUGGCAUUUUCAUAUCACCAAAAGGUGUGAUACGUGAAGUGGAAGCGGUUGGAACAUCUCUAAUCAUUUGGAUAUUAUGCGGUUUGCUAUCGAUGAUUGGCGCGCUUUGUUAUGCUGAAUUAGGUACUGCGAUACCAAAGUCAGGUGGAGAUUAUGCAUAUAUACUAGAAGCAUAUGGUUCACUACCCGCAUUUCUAUAUCUCUGGGAUGCUAUGAUGAUCUUUGUUCCAACAACAAAUGCCAUUAUGGGUCUCACAUUUGCUUCCUACGUACUGCAGCCCUUUUUCGAUAACGAAUGCAGUAUACCCGAAGGUGCCCUACAACUGCUAGCCGCCGUAACAAUAUGCUUCCUAACGUACCUCAAUUCAUGUUAUAUGAAAAUUACAACAAAAAUGCAAAAUAUAAUUAUGUUCACUAAAAUAGCGGCUUUGGUGUUAAUUAUCAUUGUGGGCGUUGUGUGGAUGUGUUUUGGUCACGUGCAAAACUUUGAACAACCCUUCGAAAAUACACAAACGGAUCCCGGUAAACUCUCCGUUGCUUUCUACUCGGGCAUUUUCUCUUAUGCCGGCUGGAAUUAUUUGAACUUCAUGACAGAGGAACUACGUGAUCCAUAUAAGAAUCUGCCGCGUGCCAUUUAUAUUUCAUUGCCGCUGGUUACGGCAAUUUAUGUGCUCGCCAAUAUGGCUUAUUUGGCGGUAUUGUCGCCCGCAGAAAUGAUUGCAUCGGAUGCAAUUGCAGUGUCAUUUGGCAACCGCGUGCUCGGUCUUUGGUCUUUCAUUAUACCCAUUAUGGUGGCGAUUUCUGCUUUUGGCGGUCUCUCUGUACAUAUAAUGACUUCAUCUCGCAUGUGUUUUGUGGGUGCGCGUAACGGUCAUAUGCCCGCAAUCUUGUCAAAUAUUAGUGUCAAACAAUUUACGCCAGUGCCGUCACUGGUGUUUUUGUGUAUCUUGUCUAUUAUAAUGCUAGUUGUGAGUGAUGUUUAUGUGCUCAUCACUUAUAGCAGCAUAGUGGAGUCGUUUUUCAUAAUGCUGUCUGUAUCGGCGGUGUUAUACUUCCGUUAUACCCGCCCCGAUAUGGAGCGUCCAAUUAAGGUCUCGCUCUGGAUACCAGCUAUCUUUGUUGUUAUAUGUGCCUUUCUUGUGGUCGUGCCUGUUUAUGUAGCACCCUAUGAAGUGGGCAUGGGCGUACUGAUAACCGUAAUAGGUGUGCCGUUCUAUUACGUCGGUGUUGUGUGGAAGGACAAGCCAAAGGUUUUGCAGAGUGUAAUUGACCAUAUUACAUACGCGUGCCAAAAAAUGUUUAUGUCAGCCAAAGAGGAGAAAUAUGAAUGAUUCAUAUAUUGGAGCGUUGCAUUGAUCUGCGUUUAAUUUAUUUACAUACAUACUACUAUUUGCUUUGUUAUCUAAUUUAUGAUUUAUUUUAUAAGCAUUAAUACUCAUUAAACAUUAUCAAGUAUUUGUGUAUGUAUGUAUCUAACUACAUAUAUAUGUUUGUAAUUUAUGUAGAUAUUAGUAGUUUAGGUGUAUAAUUUACAUGUUGGAAAGUUGUAAAGCUGUAGAAAUUAUUUGACAAUUGUUGUCGUUAUCACGUCAGCGCUUGCGAAACUUACACUUCAUUAUGACAUUUUGAUGUGUUUUGAGUUAUUUUAUGUUUCUGUCACAAAUCAUUAAGAACGCUUAGCUUAAGAAUAUGUUAAGUUAAUAGUUAGACUAACGUAGAUUAGAUUUAGGUAUGUAAUUACGCAGCUCUUCACAUCAAUAUAAUCGGACAAGCAAAGGAAACUAACGUGAACUUAUAAGUUUUUGUUAUAAAUAUUAUAAUUUUUUGAAACAACUAUUUUGAAAUUUUUUCUUAUCACCACAUAACUUACUCAAUGCAUUUUCUGCGCUCUACUCAAUACUUUUCACAAUAAUACGUCGUGUAUUUGCAAGUCAAAGAUAUUUUACACGUUUCCAUAGACUGUUUUUUUAGCAGUAAAAUUUAUUAACACCUAAAUGACUUAAGCAAAAAAUAAUUUUAAAAUGGAAACUGUGUAGUUGAAAUAUUUUCUUGACUAAAUUUUGCUAGUAAACAAAUGCAACCAGUGUUCGUUGAAAGCAUUUCAGUUCGAUGCAUGCUUUUAGUAAAUCAUUUCGUAUUUUUUAUAUAUAUAAAUUAAGUAAAUAAAUAAAAUCAUAAACGCUGUAUCACUUAAAAUGAAAAUAUUUUAUAUUUACAAAAAAUUACAUUACAUUAUAUUAAAAAAAUAUAUAUCUAU